AUGUGGAGCACGCUCAAUAUGCUACAACUUUGGUUAGGAUUGCUGCUGUGGGCCAUUUUUCCGGGUGCUGUGCGAUGCGAUGGAGCAAAGGUGUUGUAUCGAAUUGUGAACGGGAGCACAACGGACAUUGCACACUACCCGUUUAUGGUGUCGAUCCAACGUUGGGAGCUGGAUACGAAGACGCACCUCUGUGGCGGGACACUGAUAAGCAAUAUUUGGAUACUGACCGCCGGACAUUGCAUCGAAGAGGAGCUAUCAGGCAUUGUACGGGUAGAGUCAUCAUUCCAUGCGUCUGGCGGUGCUCUGCUGACCAUCAAUCGCACGGUGCGGCACGAGAAACUCCGCUACGGUCGCACCGGUAUCGAUUUUGACUUCGGAUUGAUCAAGCUGAGCACCAGCGUCGAGCGAGCCGUUCCAGUCCAUCUAGUGGCAGAUCGAAGGCGUUUUCCGGCCGGUGAACUCUGUUCUGUCGUUGGCUGGGGCAUUACGAAGGGUACGGGUGAGCGCGAUCAGUUGCGCUCGGUGAGGAUUCCGAUCGUGAAACAGGCUCAAUGUGCCGACAUUUACAACGAAGUGCAUCCUAUUACGGGGCGUAUGGUGUGCGCCGGGUAUGCUGAGGGUGGUCGUGAUGCGUGCGAGGGAGAUUCUGGAGGACCUUUGAUCUGUCGUGGCAUACAAGCCGGUAUUACCUCGUGGGGAAUGGGCUGUGCCAAACCGAAUCGCUUCGGAGUGUACAGCAACAUCGGGGACCAGCUGCGAGUGGAUUCGAAAGCACACUGUGGAGAGCGGCAAAUGUCCUUCCGAAUUGUGAACGGAACGGAAACCACGGUCACCGCCUACCCGUACAUCGUUUCGGUGCAUAAAUGGACGCCGCUAGUGAAACAACACCUUUGCGGCGGAACGCUCAUCAGCGAGAGCUGGAUCCUAACGGCAGCACAUUGCACUGACAAGCUUACCCCGCAGACGGCGAUGGUGCGUGCCAACUCGUCGUUCUACAAAAGCGGAGGUAAGCUCCACCGUGUGGUGCAGGUGAUAAAGCAUCCAAACUUUACCUACGUCACGGGUGACUACGAUUUCGGGUUGCUGAAGCUGCGGGACAGGUACAGGCGGGCCGUGGUGGCAAAGUUGCCGACCGGCAGCCGACGGUUUCCACCGGGCGAACGCUGUACAGCGAUGGGCUGGGGCUACACGCAGGGCCGGGAGUCGAGGGACCAACUUCGAAAGGUUGUACUGCCGAUCGUUCCGCAACAAAUUUGCCGGAAGGCGUACGAAGCAACCGACGAGAUAACGGCGCGCAUGAUCUGCGCCGGUUAUGCCGAAGGGCUACGGGACGCGUGCGACGGUGAUUCUGGGGGACCAUUGAUUUGUAGGGGCAUUCAGGCCGGCGUUAUUUCGUGGGCGAUCGGUUGUGCCAAACCGAACAUGUACGGUGUGUACAGCGACAUCGCUGCGGGUCGUCAGUGGAUUAGAAAUCAAACUGGUAUUUAA